CAGAAUGACGCCCUCAUCGUGCAAGUAUGCCACAUGAUUGCGGGAUCUUUCAGCGGACAGAACUGUAUAUAUUAAAUCUCCAUUCUAGCCUGCGAACCAGAGGGACUUUCGGUGACGUUGACUGGGAGCUUUUAUAUCAUGUCUCAGUUCCACAUAGCUGAACUAGCACGAAGAGGCACCGUCAAAAUGGUCCCAGGAUCAACCGCUCAGCACGUCGCGUAUCAGCUCGGUACUGCCUUCAACUUCAGAAUCAACACCAGAUCAACCUAUCCUCUGGGGCUUCCAAAUGAGUUUGCCUUUGUCGCCGUGCUACGCAUGAGUGGCAGCACUAUCAAUAAACACUGGAAUAUUUGGCAAAUGCAGGACCUGAAUGGCGCCGAGCAGAUGGCCGUCAGUCUCAACGGACACUCAGAAUCUCUUGAGUUCACUUUCACCGCCUUAGAAUCUGGAAAGCAGACCCUGGUUUUUGGCCCCCUUCCUUAUCUCUUUAAUGACCAGUGGCACAGAGUGCUGGUGGAAGUCGGAACACUGACAGUGUCUGUGUUUGUGGACUGUGUUCUGGUCGGAUCUCAGAACAUUCCGCUGAGACACAAAGUCAGUCUGGAUGGAUUUACAAUGAUUGGCAAGUUGAAGGAAAACCCAGUGAUGGCUGUUCCGUUUGAACUCCAAACAAUGCUGAUUCACUGCGACGUGAUGAGAGCCCGGACUGAAGCUUGUUAUCAUCUCCCGGCCACAACCACAACUGAAGUGUCAGAGGUGCAGCGUACUCAAGGACAGACUGGCCCCGUAGGACCUGCAGGUGUCCCAGGAAUUGAUGGGAUUGCUGGGGAGCGAGGAAGUGAUGGCGCUGAUGGGCCACCUGGGCCAGAUGGUGAUGCAGGUAAACCCGGGUCUUCAGGGCUCCCAGGAAUACCAGGAAAUGAUGGCCUGACCGGACCCAUUGGAGAUCCUGGGCCUGAUGGUCCCGUCGGACAGAAAGGAGAACCUGGGAAAUCCGGACCUCGUGGUGGUGCUGGUGUUGGGGAAGAUGGCCCACCUGGACCACCUGGGCCAGGAGGACUUCCAGGAGAAGUUGGAAAAGGUGGACUGCCUGGGCCCAUUGGAGUGAGAGGCCCACCGGGACCACGUGGACCAACCGGACCCAGAGGGGCAGCAGGGAUGCUGGGUAGCACUGACCUGUGUCCAAACUCUUGUCCACCUGGCACUCCAGGACAUCCCGGCCUUCCUGGCAUGAAGGGACACAAAGGUGUGAAAGGGGAAGCUGGAGAGCCUGGCAAGCAAGGGCACAAGGGUGAAGAAGGGGACCAGGGAGCCCCAGGAGAGGUUGGAACUCAGGGGCCAACGGGCUCUCAGGGGAUCCGUGGUGCUACAGGUAUGAUGGGCAGCAAAGGAGAGAUGGGAGCGCGAGGUCCAGAUGGAGAUCCAGGUCCGCAGGGGGUUUCUGGCGCAACUGGUGAUAGAGGUCAGAGAGGUGUGAUGGGUGAGGCAGGUCCCAAAGGUGAAACGGGUGUUCAAGGACCAAGAGGAAUGACAGGGCUCCCUGGGCCAAAGGGCGAGGCAGGGUUGCCGGGCGUGGACGGUCGGGAGGGUAUACCAGGGAUGCCGGGGGCAAAGGGUGGCGUUGGCAAACCUGGAGCCCCAGGAGAGGUCGGCCUUCAGGGCCAUCCUGGGCUGCCUGGCAUGCCAGGACCUAAAGGACUCGGUGGCCCCAAGGGUGAUGCUGGACAACCAGGACUUCCUGGCACAAUUGGCUCAUCUGGCAAAACGGGCGAACGUGGAGAACAGGGAGAGGCCGGCCCUGCUGGACCCAUCGGAGAACCUGGGGAUGUUGGGGAACGAGGUCCAAAUGGUCCCGCUGGAAAACCUGGUGCUAGGGGACCCAAAGGUGACCCUGGCCUUCCUGGUGUCCCUGGACCCCCUGGUGCACCUGGAGAAAAAGGCGAGAGGGGUGAACGUGGAGAUGCUGGACCAAAGGGGGAGCAGGGUGCGCAAGGCGAUGAAGGGAACGCCGGAGACAAGGGAGACACUGGGGAUGCUGGUGAGCCAGGACCUAAAGGAGAUGUUGGAAACCCUGGCGAUGCUGGGAAAAGAGGUCCUGAGGGAAGCCGAGGUCAGCCAGGAAUAGAGGGACCACCUGGUUCACCUGGACCACGAGGAAUGCAGGGAAACAGGGGCCCACCUGGAGUCAGGGGAACUCAAGGUCCUGCGGGUAAAGAGCCGAGCGAUCAGCACAUAAAACAAGUUUGCAUGCGAGUCAUGCAAGAACAACUGGCUCAGCUAGCUGCCAGCCUGAGGAGGCCCGAGUCUGGCGCCGCAGGGUUACCCGGCAAACCUGGUCCUCCAGGGCCUCCCGGACCUCCAGGUGACAACGGCUUCCCUGGACAGGUUGGUUCACGAGGCCUGCCAGGACUGAAGGGACCACCUGGGUCUAUUGGAAUAAAGGGACCCAAAGGUGAGAUGGGUGACAGGGGCUCAAGAGGACCCACAGUCAGAGGGCCUAAAGGUCAACAAGGACCCCCAGGACUUCCUGGUGAGCCUGGCAAGCCUGGUUACGGUCGGGAUGGACGUGACGGCCAGAGAGGACCCCCCGGCCCUCACGGACAGGCCGGCGUGCCCGGCCCUCCUGGCGCUGCCGGUCCUAAUGGCUACUGCGAUCCAUCAGCCUGUAACCUGCAGGCAGGUGCUGCCCACCAGUCUCUGGAUGUCAAAGGACCAGCUGGAAACUAGAGAAGCAAAGGAAAAAAAAAGACUGUUGGAUCAUUUCCCUGAGCACGCAUUGAUCACACGUUCAUCACCGGGCGGCGGUGUUAGGCGCCGAUCCAUUAACCUUGUGUGAGCAGAAUCCUUUCUCAAGACAACAUCCAUUACCAUGCUGCAACAGUCUGCUGCGGUGUGUUCACACCCACGUGUUUGAAUAACAAGGUGCGCUGCCAGUUGUCACGAUUAAACAAGACGACCUGCGCAAUGUUCUCCCGCGCACACACUUUGUGUUCUUUUUGUUCCCGAGCAAACACAAACCCAACUUCACCAAACUGAAACCAGCCCUAGCGCCUUUGCACCAACUCAGUUGGACAAACUUGCUGUUAUUUUUUAAAUAAAUACUGAGGCGUCUUCAUCAAACAGAGCGGCGCUGUCGCACUGACUGCAGUGUGUUGUAAAUCUGUACAAAUGUUUGAACUGUUCUUUGUUUUAUAUCCAAAAAAAACAACCUGAUGUUGUGCCUCAUUGUACAGAAUGAGUAUUUUUGGCAGGGGGUCGGAGGGGUGAAGUAACAAAUAAAAAAUACCCUUGGCACACUUUUUAUUUAUUCUAAAUAUGACUCUCUCUUUAAUCACUACAUGAAUGUUGAGAAAUUCACACUGAAAAGGCAGCUGGGAGGAGACCGAGGGACUGGCACAGGGUCUCCUGCACAAGCCUUGGUGGAGGUAUAUAGCCUAUAGAUUGGGGUAUAUGUGAGCAACCUGAAAUGGACCUUUACAGAGUGGAGCCCACCUUUUUCAGCGGGGUUCAAGUCGAUCCAUGGUGGUCUACUUCUGCUCACCAGAGAGCAAAGGAAACCUGGUCACUUGACUGAACUCAACAUUGUCAACAAGUACAUGCAACCCUUUAUUGUAUGUUUUUGAAAGUUUAUUCCGUGAUUUCCAUCAUAAGGUUAUAUUUCUAACCUUUUCCGCCACCAAUCUUUCGUGUUUGCUCUCUGGCCUUACAUUCUUUUCCCACUUGUUUUUACAUUCAUUUCAUGUGCCCUUUUUUUCCAAGGGGAAAAGACGCAUGAAAAUGUUUCCAAUAUGUAAUUACUGCUCCAUCAUGGUUUGUUCUUUUCAAUUUCACUCGGCUCGUCGGUCCUGAACUUUCCCACUCACAAAUUUGUUUUUCACUUAAAAUGCAGAUUUUACUGGAUUUGUGACCGAUGUAAUGGUGUCCAUUUCAUUUGAGUGAUA